AGCUUGGCGGUUUUGGGUUUACCGGCUCAACUCCCGAUCACGAAUUUAUAGGUAGGCCUACAUCAAGACAGAGAUCUCCCAUCAAAGACAUUAUUGCUACUCCAAAGUAAUCUUGGGACUUCCAUAUCCUCUUCUCUCAAACUUACCUAUCGGCCCUCGCAAUGGAGAACUUCUCGUUGCUUGUCGGUUUCGGCACCAGCCUGGUGUUCAUUUUCGCCAUCGGCAAGCUAUUCCAAGCAAGGCAGAACGCUAGCCGCCUUCCCUUGCCACCCGGCCCAAAAGGUCUCCCUCUUGUUGGGAAUCUACGGGAUAUGCCUCCUCGGAACACAUUCGCGGCUUACCAUUGGGCCAAGCACAAAGACUUGUACGGUAUGAAUAGCAAAGACUGCUCAUCUAGCAGAGAUGCCGAAGUUUCGAAUACCCUAGAUUUAAACUGAGUGAUACUUCUUAUGACAGGUCCCAUCAGUUGCCUCAGCAUACUAGGCGACACAAUCAUCGUCAUCAACGACGCUCAGAUUGCGUUUGAACUCUUUGAAAAGCAGUCUUUGAAGUUCUCCGGACGACCGUCACUGGAAUUUGCCACAAUGGUCGGAUUCGGGCAAAGCACCGGUGGGCUGCCAUACAACGAGACACUGCGCGCCCAUCGAAAACAGUUUGCCCGAAUCAUUGGUACGCAAGCGUCAGUAAGCCAGUUCGACAAGCUGCAAGAGACCGAAGUAGCCCACUUUCUCCUUCACUUGUUGGAUGACCCGGAGAACUUGGAGAAUCACAUCGCAAAGGAGGUUGGUUCCGUCAUCCUCCAUAUUGUCUACGGCUACAGCGCCGAGAAUUUCAAGAAGGAUCCUCUUAUCUCUGUGAUAAAUAGAGUGAUGGAGCAAUUUGCCCGGGCAGCAGUGCCUGGAGCCCAUCUAGUUGAUGUUCUCCCCAUAUUACGAUAUGUGCCAUCGUGGUUUCCUGGAACAGGCUGGAAGAAAGAGGUAGAGUUAUACGCCAACGAACUUGACGAAUCAGUUGAGAGGCCCUAUGCCUUCGUCGAGCACCAAAUGACGCAGGGCCACAGCAACGAGUCCUUUCUCGCGCGUCUGAUGGACCAUGGAAAAGAUACGAGCGAGGAUAAAUAUAUCAACAAAUGGGUAGCCGCAUCCAUAUAUCAAGGUGGAUCGGAUACUACUGUCGCAGCCAUCUAUGGCUUCUAUCUGGCCAUGACACUCUAUCCGGAUGUGCAGAAAACAGCACAAGAGGAGAUCGACCGAGUAGUGGGCAGCGAGAGAUUGCCUACUAUGGAUGACCGCAACAGUCUACCGUAUGUUGAUGCUCUUGUGAAAGAGAUCAUCCGAUGGUGGCCAGUUGGUCCCAUGGGCCUCCCUCACCUGAACACAGAAGAAGUGGCUUAUCGGGGUUACCGCAUCCCCAAAAAGUCAAUCCUGAUGCCUAACAUCUGGUGGUUUACUCACGACCCUGCCGUAUACAAGAAUCCCAUGGAGUUCUCGCCCGAAAGGUUCCUGGAAGGCCAGGGUCGCGAGCCGGAGUAUGACCCGCGCAAGUUGUCGUUCGGGUUCGGUCGACGCAUCUGCCCAGGAAAAGCCCUUGCUGAAAGCACGUUGUUCCUCAGCAUUGCUCAGUCGCUGGCUGUGUUCGACGUUGCCAAGAAGAUCGUCGACGGCAAAGUUAUCCUGCCGAAGGUCGACCCCAGACCCGGUGUCAUCAGCCACCCGGCUCACUUUGAAACGUCGGUCAAGCCCAGAUCCCAGCAUCACGAGGAGUUGAUUCGCUCGCUUGAGCAAAAGUUUCCCUGGAAAGAAUCGGAUGCGAGGGUGCUGGAGAGAAUGGAGUCAUGACUAGAAGUUGGCGUCUCAACUUCAAUGCUUGUAAUCUUCUCACCACCCUUAUUUCGUCCAUUGGUCAAGUAGGUGGUACUAGACUCUUCUGAGGGUACGUGACGUGAGUCUCACAGGUGUCUUUUUGAAGGAAUAGAUGCUUCUUGCCACCCUCUGGAAUCUAGUGGAUAUCUCCACACGCAGUCUCUGUCUGCCCACUUUACACAGCUAGGUAGCUUCUAUGCAGCUUCAAAAAGUGUCAUUGUGGAGUCCCUAGCAAAUGCGAAAUUUGAAUCAGUAAAAUAACAGCCGAAAGGCUUCAAACCUUACGCUAUUCAAGUCACCGAGUACUUUGGUGCCAAGAACCU